CUUGAUGAACAAGAGGCGGCAUGGCAGUUCCCCUUCCCCACCGAAGGGGCGGGGCCGCGAAGGCCACCAUCCCGAAAGCUACCAAUGCGAGUGGCCGAAUGAAGCACAGGGAGGAGUGAAAUUAGGAUGUGACGGAUCCAGAGUCCAGCCAAUAAUAUUGUUACAUUCUUAUUAUAUAAGGUGGUCAUGACCGCAUUGUUAUCGGUGUUAAGGUCAGAUAAGGACCUUCAUUGACGGGAGAACGAUCAUGGCCGGUAUCGGUGCUUUUCUGGGAAACGACGAGGAGGCCCGACCUUCAUAUGAUCAUACGAGUGCUGUCUCUACAGCUCAAACCAAUUCCAGAAAUUCGGGAGACACGGGACUAUUCUCAGCCGCAUUGCACUUCGUGAAGGACGAGGAUGCUGUAAAAGAAACUCAUAAUCAAGCGUAUGGCCAGAAGAGUGCUUCUCUCGACGCGUCCUCCCUUGGCUCUGCCGCCGCCGUUCAAGCUUUGAAGGUCUUUACUGGAGGUGGUGGAAGCGGAUCUUCGCAAUCUCAACUGGUCGGAUUCGCUAUGAGCGAGGCUGCCAAUUUGUUCGAUUCUCAAGGGUCUAAUGAAGGAAGCAAGCAAGAUGCUGUCAACAGUGCUGCUUUAACAGUCUCGAAGUUUCUUUUUCAGGCGAAAUUGAAGAGUACGUUGGGUAUUGGGGGCGGUGGGGUUGAAGGGUCCGUCGUCAACCUUGCUGCAAAGUUUCUUUGAGUUCAAAUCUCGAUUGCUCGACUCAAAUUAAUUCUCACUAUGUACUUCCCCUCGUUAUCCAGAAAGAGUAUCAAGCUAGUGUGGGAUGUA